AUGGAGUGCCCUCACCUCGGCUCCAGCGUCUGCGUCGCGCCCGACUCGGCCCAGUUCCCUCAGGGCUCGCCGUCCUCGUGGUGCUGCAGCGUGUGCCGGUCUAACAAAAGCCCUUGGGUCUGUCUGACCUGCUCGAGUGUCCACUGUGGAAGGUAUGUAAAUGGCCAUGCAAAGAAACAUUAUGAAGAUGCCCAGAUUCCUUUAGCCGACCAUAAGAGAACAGAGAAGCACGAGAAAGUUCAACAUACGGUGUGCAUGGAUUGCAGCAGUUACAGUACUUACUGUUAUCGCUGCGAUGACUUUGUUGUCAACGAUACCAAGCUGGGCCUGGUACAGAAAGUCCGAGAGCACCUGCAGAAUUUGGAAAAUUCAGCUUUCACAGCAGACCGCCAUAGGAAAAGGAAACUUCUGGAAAACUCCUCUCUGAAGAGCAAGUUACUGAAAAUAAACGGGAACACCACGGCCCUGUGCGCCACAGGCCUUCGGAAUCUGGGGAAUACUUGUUUUAUGAAUGCAAUCCUUCAGUCUCUCAGCAACAUUCAGCAGUUCUGCUGUUACUUCAAAGAGUUGCCCGCUGUGGAGCUUCGGAACGGAAAGACGGCGGGCCGGCGGACUUACCACACCCGGAGUCAAGGAGACAACAGCGUUUCUUUGGUGGAAGAGUUUCGUAAGACACUCUGCGCUCUGUGGCAAGGGAGUCAGACCGCGUUCAGCCCAGAAUCGUUGUUCUACGUUGUUUGGAAAAUCAUGCCAAAUUUUAGGGGGUACCAGCAGCAAGAUGCCCAUGAAUUCAUGCGCUACCUCUUGGACCACCUGCACUUAGAGCUUCAAGGAGGAUUCAACGGCAUUUCGCGCUCCGUCAUCUUGCAAGAGAAUUCCAGCCUUUCUGCUGGCAGCAGAUGCUGCAUAAACGGAGCUUCCACAGUGGUCACGGCCAUCUUUGGAGGCAUCCUUCAGAACGAGGUCAACUGCUUGAUCUGUGGGACGGAGUCCAGAAAGUUCGACCCAUUCCUAGACCUUUCUUUAGAUAUUCCAAGUCAGUUCAGAAAUAAACGUAACAAGAACCAAGAUAACGGACCAAGCUGCACGUUACGGGAUUGUCUUCGCAGUUUUACAGACCUAGAAGAACUUGAUGAGACAGAGCUGUACAUGUGCCACAAAUGUAAAAAGAAGCAGAAGUCCACCAAGAAAUUCUGGAUCCAGAAACUACCAAGGGUGCUGUGCUUGCAUUUGAAGCGCUUUCAUUGGACGGCAUAUCUGAGAAACAAAGUGGACACCUACGUUGAGUUUCCCCUUAGAGGCCUAGACAUGAAAUGUUACUUGCUGGAGCCGGAAAACAGCGGCCCCGAAAACUGCCUGUAUGACCUCGCAGCAGUAGUGGUGCACCACGGCUCCGGCGUUGGCUCCGGCCACUACACAGCCUACGCAACGCACGAAGGGCGGUGGUUCCAUUUCAACGACAGCACCGUGACGCUGACCGACGAGGAGACGGUGGGGAAGGCCAAAGCCUACAUUCUCUUCUACGUGGACCGGCAGGCCAAAUCGGGAGCCGACAAACUUUAAUACCUCGGCCCUCCUCUCGCAUAUCAUGUCCAGCGGACAAAACAUUUCCAGUUCUCCACAAAUACUUGAUCCAAGACUCUUGAUUUCAUUGUGCACUUUUCAAACUUUUCUUGGGUUCUACUUUUACUUCGUAAAUAGUAGCGUUUGAUUUGUUAAACAUGGACGCAGGCUGAUUUUUUUUUUUGU